AUGCGUAUCAUUUAUGAAUUCAUAGCUGCAGUGACGUCGAUAAUGUUCAUCUUCGCGGUAACGGCGGAGGUUACUCCACAAAACCAGCCGGAAAAGUGGCCUUUAAGCCUUUUCUCACGCGCAAGUCACUUCAUUAAAAGGUCUACAAAUCGUCGUAGAGACAUAGAUGAAAUCGCAAAACACGCGCAGCAAAAACGUAUGCCCAUCGGAAUCAUGAAGAUGAGUCCCGAAGAAGGAGAGAAAUUUUUUGCGACAAACUGGCUGUACGAUGGAGAUUUGCAGACGAACGGAACAGGAGUUCAUAAUGCUGCACCAUCACAAAGAGACCUCGAGCCGGACGCUUUGAUUGCACCAUUCACUCUGCACUCUGAUAGCUUAGAUCUUGGUCAGAUGGAGCCGAAAUACAAUAGCAGCAAUGCUGUUGACUCACCCAUACCGCUAAAAAAGAGAGAUUUCAAGUGUCCGAAAGGUACCUCGGACUGCUCCGCAAUUGGGCAUUCUAAUAGUUGUUGUUCAAGCGGAGACGUAUGUUACGCUAUACAAGAUACCGGACUAGGACCAGUCGGAUGUUGUCCUAAGAAUAAGAACUGUAGUGGGAAGAUAAUGAAUUGCGAUUCCCCAAACACAGCAUGUCCGGCAAGCCAAGGGGGUGGCUGCUGUAUUCCCGACUAUGCAUGCGCAACAUACGGCUGCAUUAUCCAAUCAACGUUACUUGUCACUACGGUUAUCACCGUCACAGCUGAACCUUCUUCUCAUCCAGAAGUCACCACUAUAAUAAGCACCUUGUUUCCGACCCAGACCUGUGAAACGACUCACAAGCCAUGCACUGAAAGCCCUGAAGGAGAUUGCGGCUCGGGAAAUGGAAGUAAUGCAUCGUCGAACGAUGACAAUCCCUCACCACAGACAUCAGCGUCACAUGUGUCAUCAGAUGCCGGGGCUGAACCUGUCCGACCCACAGGUAUAUCUUCCGUCCCACCAACAUGGCCUCUAGGUGAUCCUGAGGUCUGCCCCACCGGAUUCUAUGCUUGUAAAGCGUUCCAUGCAGGCGGCUGUUGUCGGGUCGGAAGAAACUGUGAUACAACUUCGUGCCCUCCUACGGCUUCUACUUCAUUUGUGAGUGGGGGAGUGACGGUCGUUGCCCCUGUAACCUCGAAUACGUCGGCCAAACCCACGGGAACCUGCGCACAAGGAUGGAAUAUGUGUCCCUCAGACGAAGGAGGAAAGUGUUGUCCCGUCGGUUGGCAAUGCGGGGUUGAUAGGUGUUCCAAUGUUGGUCCAACAAGCACUGGGGUUAUAGACAAGGAAGAUGUCAGUCUCGCAGGGCGGCAAGAUACAAACUGGUUGGGCGUUGUUUUCGGUAUUUCAAUUCUAGUGGUAAUUUCGACAUGA